AUGCGGCGCGCAGAAGCAACGGCGAUCGCUCUCCGUUGCGGCGAUGCCCAGCUGACGGACCUCGACGGCCAGAUGCUUCCGCCGCCGCCGCUUCCGCAGCAGCAGGUCGUAGCUGGGCAGCAGCCGCAGCAGCAGCAGCAGCAGCAAGUGCAAUCGCAAACGCAGCAAAAGACGCGAAAUAAAGCGGCUUCUAGAAGCCGCGUUGCGUAUUCUGAACCCCUCUUGGCGCCGCAGGCGCGAGCCGUUUCAGAAACAAAAGCGCCUCAGGGCUCAUCCCCUUCCACGCAUAUCGCUUUCCAUGCCGCAGGUGGCGGCGGCAGAAAAGGCAAUAGCAGCGGCCAUCGUAACCCCACGACCAACCCCGUUUCCGCUUCGUCUUCCGCCGCUGCUGCAACUCAAAAUUCCCGGCCUUCCAUUUCCCCUUCUGCGCCCGCGCCCAAGCCGUCCCCGCUGGCGCUGCAGUUCGUGCGCCAGUCGCGCGCCAUGAUGCUUCUCUUGGACCGCCAAUCCGCUGAAGUGCUCGCCGCCAGUCGCGCGGCGCUGACGGCGCUCGGGCAGGCGGAGGACGGGGAGAGCGCGCAGGGGCAGGCGCAAAGCGCGAGUUCGGGCGCGGGCGCGGGCGCGGGCGCGAGCGAGCGGAACAGAUUGUUCGAUUUGACGGACGACGUGAGCGUGGAGCAGUGGCAGCGCGCCGUGAGCGACGCGGUCGCGUCCGCCGCCGUGCUGCGCUUCAACGUGCGCGACUCGGGGGCGGGCGGGCACCUGGCGGGGAGGCAGGUGGAUUUGAUGCUGCAGCCGUGCCAGUUCGCGCACGACGCGCACUCGCUCGUCGGUACCUUCGCCAUCGUCAACCGGCCCUCCCCACUCCCGACUACCAACGUAGAUGAAGGUCGCAGCGGCGGCGGCGGCGGCGGCAGCGGAAGCACUCUCAAUGCGGACGAGCGUCCUGUGUCGGCGCGCAGCAACACGAGCGAGUCCCCGGGAGGCAGAGGCUCCCGUCGCUUCAUGCACAAGCUUGCGUCGCUCUUCCGCUUUCACGACGAACCUUCCCCGCGCGAGCCGCUCUUCUCUGUCGAGCCCCUUACCCCCAGCCCCCACGAUUCCGCCACCUCCGCUUCCGCCUCCACCACCCCGAGCGCAACCGUUCCCACUCCGCGGGGCCUUUUCUCCCCCGCUGCUGCGCCCCGCGCAUCUUCCUCGCCCUCGUCAGCUGCAGGCGCGGGAUUCUCCGCAGCAGGUUCCGCCGUCGCGCCAAUGUCCAUCUUGCGCAAGGUUUCCACCUUUCACGCCCUCAGCCGCGCGCCGACCUCCCCCUCUGCCGCCUCCGUUCUCCCCUCGUUGGAAGCCGCCGCAGCAGCUGGGGCCUGCGGCGGCGGCGGCGGCGGUGGCGGCGUUGGAGGCGGUACGGAAGGAGGCAGCAGGAGAGCGCUUCCAGACGGUCUCCCACCUGGGGGCAGCGGGCGGAUGUCCGGCGCGCGCCGCCUACUGCGCGGACGCGGAAAGAGCGGUUCCGCGCAGGAGCGGCGCACGACGUCGUCCGGUCCGCUGCUCACGGCGGCCGCGGUAUCGCCGUCGCACCAGGACGCGCGCGCGACGGCGGAUUUUUUGCGCACACGAAGCGGAGAUGUGGCGCCGCUGCAGCAGGGGUGGGACAGAUUGGACUCGCCGGGCGGGCUCGGGUUGUCCAUGGGAAGGGCGGUGCGCGUUGGCGGAGAGGACACCGCCAUUAACGCCGUCGGCAGCGGCGGCAGGGCGACAGGAAGCAACAGCAUGAACCGCAGUAGCAGCAACAGCAGCGGCGGCGGCGGUCUUUCCGCGCACCCUAUUAACAGGCGAGCGUUCUCCACCAACGCGGAGGGGCUGAGAGCGGCAGCUACUCGGAAGCUGCAGCGGCAGCAGGUGCGGCGAGACGCUUCGGGCGAGGAUGGUGGCCCUGCUGCUGCUGCUGCUGCUGCUGCUCCUGUUGCGGGAGCGGCAUGUACGGAUCGCGAGGCAGUUAAGGCAAGCGCCAGUCGUUCCGUUCCUGGCGACGCGCUCACUGCUGCGAGCGUGCCCACUGCUCCGCCUGCUGCUGGAACCCUCACACCUGCCGCCGCCUCUUCCGACGCGUCCGCCGCUGCAGCAGCAGCUGCAGGUCGCGCGGCUGGCACUGGCGGAGAAGCGACUACGAGCGCGCACCCGCUCCUGGCGGGAUCGUUGUCGGCUAGGCGCAACGACCUGCGCUUGAUUAUCCCCUCGCCCAAAGGCGACCGCCAGGUGAAGGCGCUGGGCUCCGGCGCGAAUGACGGCGGCGGCGGCGGCGGCGUCAGGGUGUGUGGUCUGGGGAGCAGUGAUGGGGGGGGGAGCGAAGAGGGGAAUUACAGCAGCGCGUCUGCUGCUGGUGCUGCUGCUGAUGGGGCUUGUGGUUCUGCCUUGGUGACUCCUGCUUCUCUACCUGCCAGCACUCCCACCGCCCACUCGCUCACUCCACUCUCUUCCCGCUCUAACGCCUCCCUUGGUUCCUCCGCUGCUACACCACCGACCAUUGCUGCUGCUGCUGGUGUAUCCAAGGCACCAGCAGCAGCAGCGCCAGCAGGCCGCAAAACACCUUCGCCCUCUCCUCGCAGCGGCUUCGCCUCCUCCGCCUCCGCCUCCGCCUCCUCUUCCGCCGCUCACUCCCCCCUGUCCGCCGCCUCCUCCGCCGCAGCGUCAGCAUCCAGUCUUCCCAGUUCAAGCAAGUCAACGGGGCUGAGGGAGCGGCGCGGGCUGGGCAGCAGACUAGGCACUCUAGCCGUGAGGCAUGGCGACACGCAAGCACGGCAGCAGCAGCAGCAGCAGCAACAGGGGCAGGAGGAGCAGGAGGAGCGGGAGCGGGAGGUAGGGGGGAGAGGCAGCUGCAGCAGCACCCCAGGAGCGCGCCUUUCUAGGAGGUCUCCAUCGGAAGCCUCUGCGUUGCUGACGCCCGUUCCGACCAUGACCGCCACCGCCGUUACCCCCGGACGCUUGGGGUUCCAUAGCGUGGGGUCCAAGGGGCGGGUACUGGCCGGCGCAUGGGGAGGUGCUGCGGGGAGAGCAGAGAGGCGAGGCAGCGGCAGCGGCGGCGGCGGCGGCGGCAGCGGCGGCGGUAGUGGCAGUGGGGGUGCUGCUGUGGUGGCGUCUGCUGGGCUGCUCAUGGCCCAGCGAGUGGAUGGCACGGUGCUGGGUCCUGCAGGGGGAUCAGCAGCAGGAGCGGCAGCAGCAGCAGCAGCGAGGGGCGUUCGAGCCCCCGUGCAGUCGCCACUGGGGCGACCUCGGUCCGUAACGCAGCCUCUGCGCGCCCGCUCCCGCCCUUCCGCCCUGCACAGCCACUCCCUCACUGCUGACCUUGUCGCUGCUGCUACUGAUGAUGGUGGUGAUGGUGGUGAUGGUAGUGCUGGUGGUGCUGCUGAUGCCGCUGAUGCUGCUGGUGGCGGGUUGGGUGGGAGCAGGCGAUCAAGGAGCUAUGGAGGGGGGUUGUUCACGCCGAGACUCGUGCGCAAGAGCAAGAGCAGGAGCAUGUUCUUCACCGUGGGAGGGGGGAGCACAGGGGGGGGAGGUGGGGGGGAGGACUGGUGGGGAGAUGAGGGGACGAUGACUCUCGGCUCUCCUGCCUUUCACGUUGCUGCCGCUGCUACCGCUGCUGCUGCUGCUGCUGGUGCCACUAACGCCGAAGCUGGCAGUGGGCGGGAGGAGCAGGACGUACAGCCGUUGGAUCCCCUGGGUCUAGGAUCUGCCGCCGUUGCUGCCACUGCCGCCGCUGGCGUCGCUGCUGCCGCCGCAGUGGCGGGGACGACGGGGUGUUACCCGCGCCACGGGGCUCCUUCCGCCUCCUCCCCUCGGGAUUCAGCUGCGAGCGCUGCAGGCGGCAGCGUUUCUAGGCCUGGUAGGGGGCUUGGCAACAGCCUGAGCGUGGGGAGCGGCGGUGGCAAGUGGGGGAGGCGGAUGGUGGGCAGCAGGAGCAUCGGCAGUGUAGGGAGCGGCAUGGGAGGGACCAGAUUCACUAGCAGCUGGAGUGUUGGCGGCUUGCUUACCACUGCCACUGCUGCAGCUGCCAGUGCCGGUGCUGCUGGUGCCAGUGCUGGUGCUGCUGGUGCUGCCGGCGGCGCUGCUGGUAUGGAGGCAGAAGGUUAUGGCGCAGCAGAGGAGGGGGCAAGCGCAGCGGGAGGGUCUGGGAGGAGCAGCGGUGGGGGCGUGAGCUCGAGCUCGAGCUCGAGGAACAAGCGGUGGGCGGCAGCGCUGUCUGCAGUGUCUGCAGUGUCACCAGGGGCUCAGGGAAGGAGAGCUCUCUCCUUUGGCUCCUCUCAGAGCCAGAAGUCGCCUGGUGCUCCCGGUAAGAAAGCCCUGCUAUGGCCGCAGGAACCGCAGGAACACCAGGAGCGGCAGAAGCAGCUGCCAGGACAGCAGAUUGAGAGGGGCGAGGAAGGGGGGGAGAAGUGGGGGGAGGAGUGGGGGGAUGCAGGAACAGCAGGUGGUAUUGGUGCAGAGCAGGAGUGGGGGGAUGUGGGCGCAGGAGCAGGAGCGGAGGAGAGGGCGGAGAUAGAGCGGCAGCUGCGCGCAAUGGAGGAGGAGAUGGUGGCGAUGCAGCAGCAGAUCGGCGCGCUGCUCACCAUUGGCGCCGCCAUGGCCGACCAUGGGGACGAGGCUGGAGAGGACCAAGGGGAGCUGCGGGAGGGGUUUCUGGGGGAGGGGGGGCGCGGGGAGGGGGAGUUGGAAGAGCGGGAGUCUGGGUGGAGGCAGCUGGGGGAGAGGGAGCUGAGGGAGGGGGAGCUGGGGGAGGGGGGCUUGGGGGGUGCAGAGGCGGCUCUGGUGGUGGCUAGAGAUGGGGAGAAGGGGGAAGGCGAGCAGGCGCUGGAGAGGGAGGGAUGCGCGGAGGAGAGGCAGGGGGAUGAGAAAGCGGUGCCAGAGGAUGAGAAAGUGGUGCCAGAGGAUGAGAAAGCGGUGCCAGAGGAUGAGAAAGUGGUGCCAGAGGAUGAGAAAGCGGUGUCAGAGGAAGAGAAAGCGGUGCCAGAGGAUGAGAAAGUGGUGCCAGAGGAUGAGAAAGCGGUGCCAGAGGAUGAGAAAGCGUUGCCAGAGGAUGAGAAAGCGGUGCCAGAGGAUGAGAAAGCGUUGCCAGAGGAUGAGAAAGCGGUGCCAGAGGAUGAGAAAGCGGUGCCAGAAGAUGAAGAGGAGGUGGAGGGGCGUGGCAAGGAGGGGAAAGAAGGGAGCAAGGUGAGGGAGAUCCCAAGGGCAAGUGGUGCUGAUAGCCCAAGGACCCCUGGGGGUAGUAGCAGCGGCGAGGGGAAGGGGGGGAUGCGGGAAGGAAGCCAUGACGGCGAGCAUGGUGGCGGGGUGGAGAUGGAGUCUCCAUGCUGUGCUCGCUGCCAUGCGCCCAUGCACACAUGCAUCAGUUCCCAGCUGGAUCGCAGUGGAGUGGGGUACGCAGUGGUGGCAGCAGGCACUGGCGACAUCAUCACCUGCAACAACACAUUCCUCUCCCUCCUCCGCCUCGCCUCGCCUGCCCCUCACACCGCCAUCGCUGCCACUGCCACAGUCGUGGGUGCUGAUUCAGCAGAAACAGAAGCAGCAGCAGCAGAUACAGAAACAAAAGCAGUUGACGGUGCAGCAGCAGCAGCAGCAGCAGCAGCAGCAGUGGCAGGGGCAGGGUGUGGUGGCUUGGUGUGUCUGAAUGUGGUGAAUGCCCUGUCGGCAGAGUCAAAAGGGGAACUCAUGCCAUGGCUAGCCACCGCAUGCCACGCACUCUCGCAACCCUCUCCCAUCACGGUACAGCUACAGGAGAGCCCCUCUGCUACGUGUGGCGCCGACAGUGGGAGGAGCAAGAGCAGCCAGAAGAAGCACAGCAGCAACUCUAGCAGCGGUGGUGGUGUUAGCAGCGCCUCAUGUGGGCAUGAUGAUGUAGCAGCAGUGGCACAUAUGGAUCUGGAUGGUACAUGCAACAGCCCUGGUGCAGCAGCAAAUGAAGCCCCCCCCUUCUCCUUGUUACCUCCUCCCGCUGUGUCGUCACCUAGCUUACCUCCCUCACCUCUCUCACCCCUCCCCACCUCCCAGUCCCCUCCUCCGGAUUCCUCCUGUCACUCUCCUCUCCAGCAGCAGCAGCCACUGGGAUCAAUGCCUCUAGAGGUUGACGCACAGGAUGGCUCCACUGCACUGGUAGCCGUGCUGGCAGUCAGAGGCUGCCGCUGA